CAUGCUCCCUUCCGGCAACCCACCUCCCCUUCGGCACAAAGGAGAUCCCGACUCUCGCAGGCUACCGAGCUUAUCAGCCGCCUCCUCGGUGAACAUGGAGGUGCUCCACGCCGUCCUGGUAGUUCACGCCUCCGGCAGCAGUCCCUACUGCGAGCCCCCUUUGCUCCUAACCAAUCGCCCGACCGCCGCAGGCGUGUGUUGGUCAAUGCGUUAGUGGUGCUUAUCGUAUUCGAGCAAUAGCGAGUGGUCUCUAGGAAAGGGGUCGUGGCUAUCAAAGCGGAACAGAUUAUUGACAAUUAUGAUGACUACAAGUUUUACUGACCUUGUUCUUGUCCCGGUGAUGAAGAAAUGUCUCUGUCCUUAUUCAACAUCGUGUGGAUUCUUGUGUCCUUCAGUGGUCUGCCAUGGUUCUUGGGAGUUCCAGCUGGCUGUUAAUUUGCCCUGCAAGGAGGAGGUUUAGAAGAUGAAGAUUCGCAGAGCAAAUUGUAGUAGAGGAUGCUAAUGACAAAGGAGAAAACAUGUGCGUUUGGACAAGAUGAGUUGUGGGAACUUCUGAAGAAGGAUGACACCUACGUCGGCAUUUAUGAACUGAAUGGCAUAGAGACUGGUACCAGUGACAGUGUAUAUGUUUCUGAAUCCUUGAUUGUGUGCAUGGAGCAUUCAUUAAUUUGAGCAGUUUUUUGCAAUGGCGUUGCCGUGUCAAGCACAGCAUCAACAGCAGCACAUGGACAAGGUGUUGUUAUGAGAUCAAAAGAUCCAGCAUGGAAAUAUUGCACCUGUCCGGACCCCAACAAGAAGAAUUCUCUGCAAUGCAUAUUCUGCCAUCAUCUGUCAACCAAUGGCACUACUCGAGUCAAGUUACACCUUGCAUGCAUUCCAAAUUCUGGUGUGAAUCCCUGCUUAAAAGUGCCAGCUGAUGUGAAAGAGGAAAUCCUACAGUAUUUGACAAAAAAGGGUGAUAAAAAGGCAGCCAAGGUUGUGGAGCAGAAGAGACGUAGAAGUGAAGUUGACUUGAGCCACUCGGAGGGGGAAGAACAUAGUUCAAGUGAUGAAGAUGGCAUAAACAAUACUGCUGUUGUGCUUAAGUCAUCGAAACCCGCAAAACCUAAAUCCUCAAGUGGUCCUAUGGACAAAUACUGUGAACUAACACCUGAAGAGGCUGUAGCUGAAAGGAAGAGGAAACGUGCUGAUACGGUGCAGUCAAAGCUGACAACUGAGAAGAGAGAACAGAAAAGGGCUCGUGCUUGCGAGUACAUCUGCCAGUGGUUCUACGAAGCGUGCAUUCCAUUUAACGCAGUCACACUUCCAAGCUUUGACCUCAUGCUUCAGUCAAUCGGACAAUACGGCGAGGACCUGGAAGGUCCUACUCCUUAUCAAAUGGGUGGCCCAAUUUUGAAGAAGAGGAAGAAAAGAGUCGCAGAAUCCUUCAAGGCACACAAGAAAAUUUGGGAGCUUAGUGGAUGUACAAUCAUGACAGAUGCAUGGACAGACAUAAGAGGAAGAGGGGUAAUGAAUCUGGUUAUUCACAGUGCCUAUGGUGUGGUCUUUGUUGAUUCUGUUGAUUGCUCAGCUGUGAAGAAAGACGGAAAGUACAUCUUUGAACUUGUCGAUAGUUGCAUAGAAGAGAUUGGUGAGAAACACGUAGUUCAAGUGGUGACAGAUAACGCAAGCGUGAAUCAAGAGGCAGCAAAUUUGUUGAAAGCAAAGCGUCCCAACAUAUUUUGGAAUGGUUGUGCUGCCCACUCUAUUGAUCUAAUGUUAGAGGACAUUGGGAAGCUUAAAUCUGUUGAUGAGACUAUUACAAAAGCUAGAGGUGUGACUGUAUUCCUUUAUGCACACACUAGAGUCUUGUCUCUUAUGCGGGAAUUCCUUGGGAAAGAUCUGGUGAGGUCUGGUAUUACUAGGUUUGCUACAGCAUACUUGAACUUGAGGAGCAUGUUGGACAGCAAGAAAGAACUCCAGAAGCUAUUUCGGUCUGAUCAAAUGGAUGAAAUGGGUUACUUAAAAAAGGUGAAAGGAAGUGAAGCAAAACGGAGUGUGCGCUCUGAAAAGUUUUGGCAAGGAGUUGACAUUGCUGUCAAGUUCUUUGAGCCGUUGGCUAAUUUGCUGCGGAGAAUGGACAGUGAUGUACCAGCUAUGGGAUUCAUAUUCGGCGCUUUUUUGGAUGCAAAGCGAGAGAUUUUGGCCAGGUUUGAGGAUGAGGAAAGUAAUGUCCAGGAAGUGUUGGACAUUGUGGAUAAAAGAUGGGACAGAAAAUUGAAGGGGCCACUGCACAGGGCUGGAUAUUUCUUGAAUCCAUACUACUACUAUGAAAACAAGCUGGAAAUUGAGUUAGAUGGAACAUUUAAAGAUGGGCUUGUUGCUUGUAUGGAGAAAAUGGUUAGAGAUGGUGCCAAGGAAGACAUAAUGAUGGCUGAGUGUCAGGCAUAUCAAGAAGAAGUGGGGUCAUUCGGAAGAGAGAGUGCAAAAAGGCAGCGGAGAAAUAAAAGCUUUGAUCCAGCUCAAUGGUGGUCCAAUCAUGGGUCAAGUGCACCAAAUCUAAGGGUACUGGCGAUGCGGAUUUUGAGUUUGACAUGCAGCUCCUCGGCUUGUGAGAGAAACUUUAGUGUUUUCCAGCAGGUUCAUACUAAGAGACGCAACAGACUGCUUCAUGACAAAAUGCGUGAUCUUGUCUUUAUCAAGGCCAACUCACAACUCGAACAAAAGAGAGGAAUUAAAGACAGGGAUCCAAUUGAGGACAAAACAUAUGCUGAUGUUGUAGAAGAUGAAGAUAAUGAGUGGAUCACAGGAAUUGUGCCUGUCCAGGUUGUGCAAACUGUUGAUGAACCUGAAGUUGAACAGCGCAGUGUUGCUACUACAUCAAAAAGAAAGAAAGUUUCUAAGCCCAAGAAGAAGAAGUUGCUGCCUAUUUUUCGUGAUGAUGACCUACAGUCUGUGGGUUCUUCCUCUGAAUCGGAAGAUGAUGCCACACGUUCUCCAUCUAGUUCAUCUGAUUAGUUAUCUACUUGUCUUAAAUCUUCUCUAUCUACUUAUCUAGUACUGAACUACGACUUGUUGAUGUAAUGAUGUUACUUGUUAAACUUAAACCGCAGCAAAUUUGUCUUUCAUUGUGAUC